AUGAACCAAAUUCUCAACCCCAAUAUCCAAAAACCCUAUCCAAAAUGGACAAAUGAGGGUGUCCAGGUCAGCCUAGACAAUGGACAGUCCGUCGUCCAAACCCCCGGUACAAUACUCAAACAAUCCACCCACCCACCGCUUGGGAGCAGCGAAGGCGUCCUUGCCGCCAUGGGGAGCAGCGAAGGAGCUAUGCCACCGCCCUUGAGACAAACCACGAUGACCAAGGACAUGUUCAUCACCACAACCACCACCACAACCACGCCAACCGCACACACAGUCCAAGAACAUGUUCACCACCACAACCACCACCACAACCACGCCCACCACGCACACAGACCCAAUGCUUCUCCCCCUCCUCUUCGGCCGCCCCCCUCGCCCUCCCCCUCCCUCUCGAACUUCUCCUCCUCCCCCACCCUUCUUCCAAUUCUUGAUUAUCUUGUCGUCAUUCGGCCCCCAUUUGCAUAUUCCACAAUUCUGCCCCCCCAUCGCGCCUCCUCUUCCGUUUUCCGCGGUCAAGAAGCUGUCCGCGAAGGUCAAGGAGGUCUUCACCCUUCCCGCGUUGGCAGGCAAUACCCCGGCCACACCAACGAAGCGUGCGCCCCCAGCCUGGACGACAAUGACACGAGCGACGUCCUUGGACAACCACCCCAAACCAACAUCAAAAAAGACACCCCACCUCCGGUGCCAGGCCCAGCCUGCGUUCGCUGCCCGUUUCUCUACCCCAGUUGA